AUGAGGGAGAUCCCUUAUGAAGUUCUUAAAAAAGCUUGUAGCAGUUUUUUCGAUUUCGAGCUAGCAGACCCAGUAGAUGCCGAUGAUGGGCAUCUGCUGCAGCAAGCCGCACAGGGUUCAGGGGGGCCAGCAGAAUCUAUGUUGGCAAGCACGGAGAACUGGUCCAGUGCUGGGACAAGCAGAGCAGCAAAACAUAGAUCCUCGGAUGGAAAUUUGGUGACAUUUUUUGAUACUGCUUCGGCUGAGGCACUGGAUGAUGCUGUUGCAGAGUUCUUCUUUGUCGAGAACAUCUCCUUCAGCACAAUCCGAAGAGACAACUUGAAGAGAAUGCUAAAAGUUGCCGCAAAAGUGGGGCGUCCAGCAAUUGACAACCUCAUGGGAUAUGAGAAGUUGCAGACAACUGAGCUACAACGAAUAUACAACAAUGUUCAGAAGCGGCUUGAAGAUGUGUGGCUAAGUUGGAGGACAUAUGGUUGUACCAUUGUCAUGGAUGGCUGGUCUGAUAUCAAGAAGCGGUCUCUUAUCAACUUCAUGGUCAGUUCUGUGAGAGGCUCAAUUUUCAUGAAGGCUGUGGACAGCAAGAAUGCGAAGAAAACCAGAGCAUGGUUGUUUGAGCAGCUGAAACAAGUGAUUGCCGAGGUUGGUGCGGAAAACAUUGUGCAGGUGGUGACAGACAAUGCAAGCAACUGCGUGGUCAUGGGGGAGCUUUUGCAGCAGGAGUUUCCACAGAUUGUACAUGUUCGCUGCGUUUGCCAUGUUAUGGACUUGCUGUUCAAAGAUAUUGGAGCUCUGUCUUGGGUGCAGCCUUUCGUUGAUGGCUGUGCGAAGACAGUUACCUUCAUCACCUCAAAGCCAUGGGUUCUAGCUCUUUAUAGAACUUUCUGCAAACGGGACCUGAUAAAGCCUGUGACCACGAGGUUUGCUUAUAUUUUUCUCAUGAUGUCUCAGCUUCUGGAGACCAUGAAUCUCUCCGGGCUUCGAAGAAUGGUGGAGAGCCAAGAAUGGGAGCGACUUGACUGGUCUAAGAAGCCGGAGGGCCUGGAGCUGCAAUCUCGUGUUCUCAAUGACUCGUUCUGGGAGCGGUGCGAGAAUUUGUUAAUUUUUCUCGGACCUUUACUUCGAGUUCUUCGACUCGCUGAUCGGGAGGGGGCGACUUCAGGCCUCAUCUUUGAAGCUGUUGAUCGGCUGAUCUAG